GGCGCCUUAGCCAAUAUUUUCUGGGGCCUGGAAGAUGGCGACAGCGGCGAGAUUUUUAUCUUACCAAACCUCAUUCUCUUGCGAUAGCCCUUGGUCGCCUUCAGUCGACAACGACAACGACACCGACCGGACGGGCACCCUUGACACCCACGACUAUCGCAAUCAACCCUGGAGGUGGCCGCAUACUCCCGGACCGCAAGUUUGGAUAUUCGCUGCAGACUGCCACUAAAAGUCUGCCUGACCUUCAAACAACUUGUUUGUCCUCACCACUAACACUGUUUGUCCAGUGGCAGCAUCAACCUCUCUCCUUCUUCGAUCCUACCCGCCCCUCUCGAGCUCUAUCUACACUCUUACCGUCGAAGACCAUGCCGGGUCGCCGUCAAGGGGACAGAUACUGUCCGCCUCCGUACGAGCAGAACCCCCAUAGAACGCCGCAGCAGUUCCCACCAGAUGUAGCGCCAUCGCAUUACUCUCUACCACAUCGGUCCUACCAGCCUCAGCAAGGUGAAUACAAUGAAUGCUUUGAUCAGAACAAAAUUGACAUUUACAAAACAGUGGACUCGUGGAGAUCUUACAGAAACGAUACUGUCAAUCUCCAGACUUCCACCAACCUGCACCAUUCUCAGUGGGCUCCCCAAGCCAGCGCAAGAGAUCCUUACUAUGGCGUCCCUCCCUCGAGCGGGAGUGCGCCUUACUUCCACCCGUCGCAGGUUCGAAUGGCGCAUGACACUUCACGCGAACCUCUGAGGUCAGUGCAUAACUAUGCUCGAUAUCCGACAUAUCGAGUUGACAAAAUAUACAGCGCGGCAGAUGGCAGCCGCGACAGAUCACUUACUCAGCAGACAGCGAGAUAUGCGCCGCUGGCGUUGUCUCAGUCAACGUCGCAGUAUACAUUGCGUCCAAGGCGUCCUGACCAGAUUGCGCCCUACAGCAGCGCAGCUCAAGCGGAUACCCCCCUGCCAUCCAUUGAACCUGCAGAUCUACCCUCUGCACCAGCAAAUUAUGUACCAAUCCGAUACAGUACGCCACGCCGAAGCCGAACCGGGACUCCGAGCACUGUCCAAGAUCCACCUGCGCCUAAAGCAACUAAGGCUUACAUGAAAAGUGCGGCACAAGCACCCACUCUUAGAGACACUGCACAAAAGCUACUGGUGGUGUUGGACCUUAAUGGCACUUUGCUUGUCCGUCCAAACCGCAGAAACGAUCCCACAAAGUUCAGGCUUAGACCCGGUGUCACCCAACUGCUUGACUAUCUAUUCAAUAAUCAUGUAGUCAUGGUUUACUCCUCUGCGAGGCCAGACAACGUGUCAGGCAUGGUCAACAACCUGAUAUCACCAAAACAACGCAAACAGAUGGCUGGUAUUUGGGCGAGAGAUAAGUUGGACUUGACCAAACAGCAGUACAACAAUAAGGUUCAAGUCUAUAAGAAGCUGGAGAAGAUUUGGGCUGACAAAGAUGUUCAAAGCAAGGCUGAGCCAGGGACGAAGUGGAAUCAAACCAAUACUGUUCUCGUUGACGACAGUCAAAUGAAAGGUCUUGCUCAACCACAUAAUCUGCUACAAGUGCCAGAGUUCGAGAACAAUGCGCCCAAAGAAGGUGCAGCACCUUUACGAGAAUGGCAGCUGAAAGAACAAGCCAUUGUCAAGUCUUUGGAAUUGAAACUCGAGGAGCUCAAGUGGCAGGUCGAUAUCUCGCGACUCAUCAGAGAAUGGCAGACCGGAAAACGAACGGCGCCGGGUGUCGUUGACGAGACUAUCGAUCAAAAGACACACCGCAAGAUCGAGCAGCAGCAGAUAGAGCCAAGCCCUGCACCCAGUGUCGGCCAGCCUGAACGAGCCACCAGCAUCGCUGCACAAUCCUUCAGCCAACCUGGAUUACCCUCACCAUUUUUGACCCCGAGAAGUCCAGUCCAAUCCACCGAUGGUGACGACAACAGUGACGCAGGGGUCGAUCUCAACGCGACUUCACCCCUCGACCACUUGGAACGGGAGAUUGACCGCAAUCUGAAUAUCAAGCGAACCGCCGGUGACAAGGAUGCUGGACGUAGUGAAUCGCCUAUUGACGAGAGCGUGUGGAAGGAGCUCUUAGGUGGAAACGAGGAGAAGGACACAGAGAAGGGAUCACUUGGGGCUGUGCCGCCAACGCCGGAGAGCAUGACUUCCUAAAUACAUUCGGUGGGCACGUUCCCCUUAUGUUCUUCCAUGGCAGAACGUUGCUGCUGGGGCUUGCUUUGAUGCCUGUCCGCGAAGGAGGUAUCAUGCAUCAGGUCGUGCUAUGUAAUAUUCAAUGAGCGAGGUGCUUGGAGUUUCAUCGUCCCAGGGGCUUCAAUGAAGUGUGCUCAUAUCACAAUCAAUAUCGAAGACAGAGACAUUGAAAGAACUG